UUGGCCAGGCCCGCCACCCGCCGGCCGAGUUCUAACCAGGCCCGAGCGCAGCCUGCAGCCGGAACUCCGGCCCUGCACGCCAGAAACCAAUACCCAGAGGAAGUGCCUUUCUCGGGCGAGGGUUAGGCGGCCGGACUGAGGAAAACCUCCAGUCCGAGAAGGAGAAUGAAUUACGCCCGGUUCAUCACCGCCACGAGCGCGGCCAGAAAGCCUUCUAAUAUCCGAGUCAUCACUGAAAUGUUGAGCACUGCACCGAAAUCUGUCAUCUCCUUGGCAACCGGGGCACCAAACCCCAGCACGUUCCCUUUCAAGACUGCGGUCGUCACCAUAGAAAAUGGAAAACCCAUCCAAUUUAAUGAACAGAUGAUGAAGAGAGCGCUGCAGUAUUCUCAGAGUGCUGGAAUCCCAGAGCUGUUAUCCUGGCUAAAACAGUUACAAGUAAAAUUGCAUAAUCCGCCCACCAUCCAUUAUGCACCCAGCCAAGGACAGAUGGACAUGUGUGUCACAUGUGGCAGCCAAGAAGGUCUCUGUAAGGUGUUUGAAAUGAUCGUUAAUCCUGGAGAUAAUAUCCUUGUAAAUGAACCUAUUUAUUCAGGAACAAUUCAUGCUCUGCAACCCCUGGGCUGCAACAUGAUUAAUGUUUCCAGUGAUGAGCACGGGAUUAUCCCAGACUCCCUCAGAGAAACACUUUCCAGAUGGGAGCCAGAAGAUUCAAAGGACCCCGAGAAAAACAGCCCCAAAUUUCUUUACACUGUCCCAAAUGGCAACAACCCUGCUGGGAACUCAUUAACAGCUGAGCGCAAAAGGGAAAUCUAUGAGCUUGCAAGAAAAUAUGAUUUCCUCAUCAUAGAAGAUGAUCCUUACUAUUUUAUGCAGUUCAACAAGCCCUCGGCACCGACAUUUCUCUCCAUGGACGUGGAUGGGCGUGUCAUCCGAGCUGACUCUUUUUCCAAAGUCCUGUCCUCGGGGUUGAGAAUAGGGUUUAUAACUGGUCCAAAGCCCUUGAUUGAGAGAAUUGUUUUACACAUACAAGUUUCAACAAUGCACCCCAGCACUUUUGCUCAGCUCCUGGUGUCACACCUUCUAUACCAAUGGGGAGAAGAGGGCUUCCUGGCUCAUGUAGACAGGAUUAUCGAUUUCUACAGGGAGCAGCGGGAUGCAUUACUGGCAGCAGCAGACAAGUGGUUAAGUGGUUUGGCAGAAUGGCAUGUUCCUACUGCAGGAAUGUUUCUGUGGGUUAAAAUUAAGGGCAUUCAUGAUGUAAGAAAAUUGAUUGAAGAAAAAGCCUUUAAGAAAGAGAUAUUCAUUCUUCCGGGAUGGGAUUUCUACCUUGAUAGUUCAGCUCCUUGCCCCUACUUCAGAGCAUCCUUCUCUUCAGCUUCUCCAGAACAGAUGGACUUGGCCUUUCAGAGACUGGCCCAACUUAUAAAAGAAUCUUUAUGAAGAAAUCAAACUCUUCAUAGCACUCAUGGAUUUCAGAUAAAUUAUUUCUGUAUUUCAGCAAGAAGAAACAAUCAUUGGUGCUAGAUUUACAGAUAAGGUUUCACUAAAUAGGUCAUGCCUGCAGUAAUUUAACUACACAGCUUUCAAAGUGCCCUUGAACCCAUCAGAUCUCCAAAAUAUAAUUCAUCCAUAGCUUAUGAUAAAUAUUCAACCCACACAGUUAAUUUUAUCCUGGAUUUUAUUGUAAAGAAGUCUGUAUUCACUUUAUAAUUUCCCAUAAAUCUUCUUUGAAACUGACAUUUAAUAGUAAAUUAUUUAUAAGCCAAUAAGUUAAAAAUGGCAUAUAAUGUGAACUUUGUCUCUUUUUAAGGAAAUGUUAUGAAAGCUUCCACCUGGAGCAGUAGUAAAAGAAUCUGCCCACCAAUUCAGGAGACUCAGGUUCAAUCCCUGGGUUGGGGAGAUCCCCUGGAGUAGGAAAUGGUAACCCACUCCAGUAUUCUUACUGGGAAAUCCCAUGGACAGAGAAGCCUUGCGGGUUACAGUCCAUGGGGUCACAAAGAGUCUGACAUGACUGAGCACUCACUCACUCAGUGAAAGCUUACUGCAAAAGUUGUUAGCAUUUGACCAUUGUGCAUAAUUUUCAGUAAGAGUGUCACAGACAUUAUAUAAUAUAAAAAUCUCUAUAACAUGAAAUUCCAAAACUAAACAUACCUAAAGAUGUUCCUAUUAAUUCUGAGGAGAGACUGAGGACUUUGAAAAACGUUCUACAUUGUAGUUUAUAAUUCUACACACCUUCAAAAACACAUUCUUACCAGUUAUGUGAUUCCAAGCUACUACAGAUCUUUGA